UUCUCGUCCGUUUCUUCCUUUUUUCUUCUCCAUCACCGCGUUUCUUCUUAAACCUCCCUUUUCAUACAAAGCGCUAUCAUAUACAUAUCCCAAUAUAUAUAUAUAUAUAUAUACUGGGUAUUUUUGAAAAAUAUCUCCUAAAACAGAUCUGACCCUUAUUUUUUCAUACACAUCUGCAGCUUCAACUCUCGUUAGUACUGUCCUAUCUAAAUCAUCUUUCCGUUCUCAUUAGCACAUAUAGAGAGACAACCAAAAAGAUGAGCUAAAUAGGGGUAACACCCACCGAGAACUUAGUGAGAGUUUCAAUCUUUUGUUUUUGACAUAAUUUUUUGAAAUUUGGGUGAUGGUCAAAGUCUUCUCUCUCUCUCUCUCUCUCCCCCUCCAUUGCCAAAUUCUUGCCUAAAAGCUUAGCUAAGCUAAUUAUUUUGUGUUAAAAAUUUGUUUUGGCACGUAAGAGCAGGAAGGCCUUGGACUUUGUUUUUUCUCUUUUUUUGACAACCAUAAAACCAGGUUCCUCUUGUGAGUUGACUCUUGCAAAAUUCGCUUGGCAAAUUGGAAGAUAAAUAGCAUAUAUAUGAACAAGAUUAAUCAAAGUGAAUCGGAAGAAAUGUUUCAGCCAAAUAUGUUCGAGACCCAUCAACAUUUGCUGGAUAUGACAACCCACAAAAGCUCGGAAGGUGAGUUUGGAAACAUACGAGAUGAAGAUUUCGAGACGAAAUCCGGCACCGAAACCAUGGAAGCUCCAUCUGGUGAUGAUGGAUAUCCUAACCAACGCCCCAAAAAGAAACGCUACCAUCGCCACACCCAGCGCCAAAUCCAGGAAAUGGAAUCAUUCUUCAAGGAGUGUCCACAUCCAGAUGAUAAGCAAAGAAAAGAGCUUACCCGUGAGUUGGGUUUAGAACCUUUGCAAGUCAAAUUUUGGUUCCAAAACAAGCGCACCCAAAUGAAGGCCCAACAUGAACGCCAUGAAAAUUCAAUACUCAAAGCUGAGAACGAAAAACUUCGUGCGGAGAACAAUAGGUACAAAGAAGCCCUUAGCAAUACAACAUGCCCGAACUGCGGUGGACCAGCUGCUCUGGGUGAGAUGUCGUUCGACGAGCAACAUUUGAGGAUAGAAAAUGCUCGCCUACGAGAUGAGAUAGAUAGAAUAUCUGGAAUUGCCGCCAAAUAUGUUGGGAAGCCUUUGUCUUCGUAUUCUCACAUUUCGUCACAUGUUUCUUCACGUUCACUUGAUCUUGGGGUUGGAAAUUUUGGUGCACAGUCGGGGUUUGUAGGUGAAAUGUACGGAUCAGGAGACUUUCUCAGGUCCGUUUCAGUCCCCAGUGAAGCUGAUAAGCCCAUGAUUGUUGAGCUUGCUGUGGCAGCUAUGGAGGAACUUGUCAGAACUGCUCAGGCUGGUGAGCCUUUAUGGGUCACCGGAGAUAACUCCACCGAGACGCUAAAUGAAGAUGAAUACUUGAGGACAUUCCCUAGGGGAAUCGGACCUAAACCAUUGGGUUUGAAAUCAGAAGCAUCGAGAGAAUCUGUGGUGGUCAUCAUGAAUCAUACUAAUCUUGUGGAGAUUCUUAUGGAUGUGAAUCAAUGGUCUACAGUCUUUUGUGAUAUCGUUUCAAGAGCAAUGACUGUUGAUGUCCUUUCAACUGGAGUGGCAGGGAACUACAAUGGGGCCUUGCAAGUGAUGACCGCGGAGUUCCAAGUACCUUCACCGCUUGUUCCGACCCGCGAGAAUUACUUCGUAAGGUACUGCAAACAGCACUCAGAUGGGACUUGGGCGGUGGUUGAUGUUUCCUUGGACAAUCUACGCCCAAAUUCGAUAUCAAGGAGCCGAAGAAGACCAUCUGGCUGCUUAAUCCAAGAACUCCCAAAUGGUUAUUCACAGGUAAUAUGGGUGGAGCAUGUAGAAGUGGAUGAUAGAGCAGUUCAUAAUAUAUACAAACCACUAGUGAACUCAGGUCUUGCCUUUGGGGCAAAACGUUGGGUUGCUACACUUGAUAGACAAUGUGAACGUCUUGCAAGUUCAAUGGCCAAUAACAUUCCAGCUGGAGAUCUAUGCGUGAUAACAAGCCCUGAGGGAAGGAGAAGUAUGCUGAAAUUAGCAGAGAGAAUGGUGAGGAGCUUUUGCACAGGAGUGGGUGCAUCAACAGCGCAUGCCUGGACGACAUUAUCGGCGAUAGGUUCCGAUGAUGUAAGGGUGAUGACGAGAAAGAGCAUGGAUGAUCCAGGCAGGCCACCUGGUAUUGUGCUAAGUGCUGCUACUUCCUUCUGGCUUCCUGUUCAACCAAAGAGGGUUUUUGAUUUCCUCCGAGAUGAGAAUUCUAGGAAUGAGUGGGAUAUACUUUCAAAUGGUGGCUUAGUUCAAGAGAUGGCACAUAUAGCAAACGGUCGUGAUCCUGGCAACUGUGUGUCUUUACUUCGUGUAAACAGUGUGAAUUCGAGCCAGAGCAACAUGCUGAUACUACAAGAGAGCUGCACAGAUCGCACAGGAUCAUAUGUGAUAUAUGCACCGGUUGAUAUAGUGGCAAUGAAUAUGGUAUUAAGCGGUGGCGAUCCGGAUUAUGUAGCUCUGCUGCCUUCAGGUUUCGCUAUCCUUCCUGAUGGACCUGGACUUGAUGCAGAAGCGAUUCUGGAGGUCGGCUCCGGUGGCUCUCUCUUGACUGUUGCUUUUCAGAUCUUGGUUGAUUCGGUUCCUACAGCCAAACUCUCUCUUGGAUCUGUCUCCACAGUAAACAAUCUUAUUAAGUGCACCGUUGAAAGGAUUAGAGCUGCAGUCACAUGUGAAACUUAACCAAAGAUUCUACAAUCCUACUUUGUUUUGAGUAAUGAAAAGGAGAGGAAGGAGGAGGAAACAAGAAGUCUGAUGGUUUAAUACAGAGGUGAAGGAGUUAGUCAAGAACGCACCUUAUAAUAUCCUUGCAUUGUGGUGUUAUUGUUUUUGGGUAGAAAAUAAGCAAAUCACCACCCUGCAAGGGUAAUGGGUUCGGGGAUUGACUUCGCCAAUUUAAAAAAGCUCAAAGUAACUUAAUAGAGAACUGUGUUAGUUGUUAAUUACAAAGUUAGAAUAACUGUUGGGAUAACUCUGUUUUUGGUGUCGUUUUAGGGAUAAUUUAAUUGGUUAGGGGUAAUCUCUGUAAGUCUCAAAGCCUUUAAUGUACUCAUCUGUAUCUGUUUCUGAAGUUGAAUUAGUUGGACCAAUUUCUUUGAUUAUUAUAACACAUGUGCUUGUUUU